AUUCAACAUAUGAAUUUCUGACCUGAUCAUGCAAUUUACCCAAUCCAGCUUCUCUAGUAUAGUCGUCAGAAACAGGCUCUCUUCAUCCCACCUAUCUUGGCCUCUCCGUUAUUGAUAUUCGACAAAGUGGCGAACCUACACAGGAACUACCAGAUGGCGUGCUCAGCCUGCUCAUGAUGGAUUGUGGACAGGACUAGGUUGCCCCAUUUAAGAAACACGAUGCAACUAUCAUCCGACUCCGUGGGGACACAGGGCAGCAUUGGAUAGCCAAGAUCCUUCGUUUCUGAACAAUUUCAAUCUUGAUUAGCUAUUCCAUGGCAUCUGCAACCACCCGUGCGGAACUUAAACCUGUCUGGGUUAACAUAUCGUCAUAUCCGUCCCCAGUGAUUUAGCCUCUUCUGCGAUGUAUUUAUUGAACCCAUUUCACUCCAGCAGUCACUACAAAAGUCAGUCAACUCAAGUCAACGUUGAAAUGCGUGUCUCCAUCCCCCAGCUGCUGCCUCUCCUCCUUGCGGGGCGUGUCCGCUCUCUGGCCCAUGACUCGGGGGUAUACGGGCCCUCGUUGGAGCUCGUUCACAGAUACUAUGACCAGUUCCCCACAGGCGUUGCCGUGUCCUCAACCGGCCGCAUGUUCUCGUGCUAUCCACUCGGGCUGGAUGCCAACAACACGCGUUACCAAGUGGCCGAACUAACUAACCCAACGACUGAAGUUCCGUAUCCUUCUGCAGAGUUUAAUUACCCCCCAGGCGGAGCCGUCAACGACUCUACUAGUCCAGCAACCACAGUCAACUAUCCUAACCAUCUGAUCAGUGUUCAAAGUGUCGUUGUUGACUCCAAAGACCGUCUGUGGAUUCUUGACACUGGCCGUGCAAACACAGUCAACAGAACUCUUCUCCUGUCCUCCUACGGUGGCUCGAAGUUAGUCGGAGUAGACUUGACCACAAAUCAAGUCUUCAAGACAAUCCUGUUCCCACGGGAUGUUGUUUAUGCGGACUCUUACCCCAACGACGUCCGAUUUGAUCUGCGACCCGACCUUAACGGCACCUCUGGAGAGGGCGUCGCCUACCUUACUGAUUCCAGCCCAGAAGGUCGCAACGGCCUUGUGGUGGUUGAUCUUGGAACAGGAAAAUCCUGGCGUCAACUUGACGGCCUUGCGCUGACCAAAGCAGAACCCGAUUUCCGGGCGUUCAUCUGGGGCGACACUGUAAACGUUUCAACAGGAACCGAUGGAAUCUCUCUAUCGGCUGACGGCGAGACGCUCUACUUUGGUGUCGUGAGUGGCCGCGACAUUUACUCCAUCCCUACUGUCCUCCUGCGGGAUUCAUCCUCGGCAGGACAGGCACUUGCGAAGAAGAGCGUGACCAAGCUGACCCAGAAGGGGAUGAGUGAUGGGUACGAGGUUGACUCCGAUGGAAGGAUCUAUAUGGGGAGCUUUGAGUCGAAUGCGAUUAACGUGUUCUACCCGGGGAACGUGAGCGUGGAGACCUUUGUGCGAGAUCCAAGAAUGGGGUGGACGGAUACGAUGAGCGUGGUUACCUUGAAGGAUAAUUCAACCGGGAUUGAGAAGGGCUAUCUCUAUUUCACAGAGAAUCAGCUCUGGAGACAAGAUCAGGAGAGGCCGUUUGCUCUGUUCCGAGUUGAGUUGCCGGACGGUGCUGGAAAGGCGAUCCUAGCUUAGAUGCGUCUUUGCAGGGAGCAUAUUUUCGCUGCGACAAGGGCUCUUCCGCUCAUCUCUUAGAUCAUAUCCUGGACCUAGAGCUGGAGAA